AUGGCGAAAAGCGUAAAAGCAGCCGGCGAUGCAGGGGAAGGGGAGUGGCUCAAGGUCGCCGAGCUGAAGGCCAUGGCCGGAGCCCAGGACCCACAUGCCAAGGAGGUGGACAACCUGACGCUGAGGAGGUUCCUGCGGGCACGGGGCCAGGACGUGGGCAAGGCGUCGGCGAUGCUCCUCAAGUCCGUCGCGUGGAGACGGGACGCCGUGCCGGGCGGCGGUAUCCCGGCCGAGCGGGUGCAGGCGGAGCUGUCGAACCAGAUGGCCUCCAUGUGUGGCGUCGACCGAGCCGGCCGCCCCGUUCUGCUCGUCUUGCCGGCCAAGCACUUAUCGGCCAACCGCGACAUGGCAGGCUUCAAGCGGUAUAUUAUCUACUUGCUCGACAAUAUUUGUACCAGGAUCCCUCGAGGGCAGGAGAAGUUUCUGUGCAUCGUGGACCUGAAGGGGUGGGGGUACGCCAACUGCGACGUGAGGGCCUACAUCGCGGCCAUAGAGAUUAUGCAGAACUACUACCCAGAGAGGCUGGGCAAGGCGCUCAUGAUCCACAUCCCUUACCUGUUCAUGAAGGCCUGGAAGAUGGUGCAACCCUUCAUCGAUGCCAACACCAGAGAAAAGUUCGUGUUCAUCGACGACAAGAAACUAGGGGAGACUCUGCGGCAAGAGCUGGACGAGAGCCAGGUGCCAGAGGUGUACGGCGGGAAGUUGACACCAAUUCCCCUCAGUUAG